AUGAGGUUCCUUUACCUGUGCACCCACCUGGGGCUCCUCCUCCACCUGGGCCUCUGUGCUCAUCCUCGUCUGCGACUGGUCAACGGCUCCAACCCCUGUGUGGGGCGUGUGGAGGUGCUGCACCUGCAGAGCUGGGGCACCGUCUGCGAUGACACCUGGGACAUGGAAGCUGCGCAGGUGGUUUGUCGCCAGGUAGGCUGUGGGAGGGCCCUGAGAGCACCUGGAGAUGCCCGUUUCGGCCAGGGGGAGGGGCCAAUCUGGCUGGAUGGCACCAGGUGCACAGGUGAGGAGGAAGAGCUUGGCGAGUGCCAUUUGCACUCCUGGGGAGACCACGACUGCGGCCACGGGGAGGAUGCAGGUGUGGUGUGUACAGGUACAUCCCCCCUGCAGGUGAGGCUGCAGGAUGGUACCAGACCCUGUGCUGGGAAGGUACAGGUGCUGUCCCAGCACACCUGGCGUGGCCUGUGUGGCACUACCUGGAGCCUGAGGGAGGCUCAGGUGAUCUGCCACCAGGUGGGCUGUGGCCCUGCCCUGGCAGCACCUGUGGGGACUCACCUGGCCCCCGAGGAGCUGAUGGAGGGGCUCACCUGUCGAGGGGAUGAGGUGCACCUGGUGGAGUGUCACGGCUUGACUGAAGGUACCUGUGGGGCAGGUGUGGAGGCACAGGUGGUGUGCAAAGAGGUGGAAGAGCUGCUCCAAUCCUGCCUGGUGCUGGAGGGACUCCUGGGGGUGGGGCUGGGGCUCAGUGGGACCCUCCUGGGAGCUUACCUGUGCACCAGGUGUGCCAGGAAGAGGAGGAGCUUCGCAG